AUGGAGAAGGAAAGCAGGAACUGGGCGGAGUUGAACACGGAUUGUUUGAUUAAGGUGUUCGAGAUGGUGGGAUUAGAAUCUCUGACAUUGGAGAUUCCCUUCGUUUGCAAGUCUUGGUACAAAGCCUCCCUCAAUCCUCAAUGUUGGAAAAUACUUCGUUUCCCUCCUUCACUCUGCGAGGACGAGGACUCAUGGUGGUACGAUGAUGGUUUUAUCGGAAGAUUCAUGGACGAGUACCGAAUCCAGAAUUUUUCUGUCACAGGCUGUUAUAUGCAUGGUAGUUAUACAUUUGGUCCAACCCCAUUCCAGGACUUCUUUGGAGAAUUGGCGAAAUUACAACAGGUUGGUUCUGUUCGCGAUUACCAAUCUAAGUUUGAGAAGCUGUUGUCCAAGGUCGGACGACUCCCUCCAAGCCGGUGUCCUUCAUUGAAAUACUUGGGGUUGCCUUCCAAUCUCUUGUCAGUUCAUGGUGAACUUAUCCAAGAACUCAUAAGUAAAUGGAAGGAUUUGCAGCAGUUAUUCUUGGGAGACACUGAAUUUUCUUUCAAGGAAAUCCUAAUUCAAAUCAGUCUUAACUGCAAAAAUUUCAAUGGUCUAUCUGCAAAAGGUUAUGUUGGCAAUAAAGAAGCAUCAGCUAUUGCAACUUUACUUCCAAACAUCAAUUACUUGUGGCUGAAGGAGACUACACUGCCCCUUGAGAGUCUGAAGAUGAUAUUGCUAGGAUGUAGAGAGCUGGUGCUACUUGAUGCAAGGAAUUGUGAAGGUUUUGAAGCUGAAGAUGAUGAGAUAUUAAAGAUGGCUUCUCACAUCAAGACCUUUAUGACUGAGGGUUCGUGCGAGUAUGAGGAGUAUGAGGAGAGUCUUUCUUACAGGGAUGGCUGUAUUGAUGAUGAUUAUUGCUCUGAUUAA